AUGACCCUCCGAAGCUUUAGUCUCAGGAUAUUCCAGCAUUGCCCGCUGCUGGCGCCGUUUUCAGUCGAAAAUCACACAGAAGCCUUCGAAGAGUUUCUACAAUACAAGACGCGGGUUCCUGUAAGAGGGGCUAUCCUGCUUAAUGAGGCUAUGGAUUCAACCAUACUGGUCAAGGGCUGGAAAAAGGGUGCCAAUUGGAGCUUCCCUCGUGGUAAAAUUAACAAGGAUGAAGAUGACCUCGAAUGUGCCAUUCGUGAGGUAUACGAGGAGACCGGAUACGACUUGCAUGCAGCUGGCUUGGUACCCGAAAACCGAGACGUCAAGUAUAUUGAGGUGACCAUGCGAGAGCAGCAGCUGAGGCUCUAUGUCUUCCGCAAUGUCCCUUUGGAUACACAUUUUCAGCCCCGAACGAGGAAAGAGAUCAGCAAGAUUCAAUGGUACAAGCUCUCAGAGCUUCCUGCUUUCCGAAAGAAGGGUGCUCAAAACCAGAACGACGCAGCCGCAGCUGCGAAUGCAAACAAAUUCUACAUGGUGGCCCCUUUCUUAGUGCCCCUCAAAAAAUGGGUUGUGCAACAGAAGAAGAAGGAUGCUAUUAAGGCUGCUAACGAGACGCAAUUCCAUCCUCACACAUUCCACGAUGAGCCUGUGACCGAGGACGACGUUUGGCAAACUGAGCCAGCAACCGAUACUUCGACUCGCACACCAGCACUUGAUACUCUGGAGGGUGCAACCAAGGAACUACAGCGCUUGCUAAAGGUUCAGCCCGCCGCAGCGCAGGCUACUUCGGUCCCUCUCUCUCCAGAUGUUGGAGGAGAUAAGGGCGCAUCGUUACUGGCCAUUCUUCAAGCCAAGACCCAGGCUGCUGUCAAAAAUGCCCCGGUCUCGCAACUCCCUCAUACACCGCACGAUCAUACUAUAGAAGAAGUACCACAACCACGAAGUCCCCAUGGGCAGCAUCAUCCUCAGCAGCGGGCGCCGAUAACAAGCUAUCAGCCUGCACCCUACUUUCCGGUUGUUCCAGAUGGAACACCCCAACAAUGGGCUUUCUCCCAGUCCAGCCAUGCCAGCAAUGUGGGCAAUGCUGCUCCCCAAGUCAGACAAUUAGUGAAUGGUCCUGCCUACGGGCACCCACAGCCGACUUUGAGACACCCGCAACCACUGCCUCCUCAAGUUCAAAAAACACUCCUCAGUAGGAGUGCUUUCGCCGAGGCCACUCCGCCCCCCCAACCAAAUCACAUUCAGGAAAAUGCAAACCAGACCGUGAUUACGGCACAGUAUCAACAAACACACUUUCAUCAGCAAACCCAAAACCUGCUGUAUCAGCCUAAGCCGCCCGCCGGUCAACUUUCGAAUCAGUCUAUGGCACUGCUAGGCGUUCUCAAAGCCGACACAAAGACAGCCAGCUUGGACGUGCCGACAGCUUAUUCUCCGCGAGCAUUUGGCCCGUCUGCCCCGGGAUCUGUUCAGCAUUCUGGCGCAAUACAUGAUCAUGGUGGGGCUCAGCCUUAUGAGCAACCGACCGGUCCACCAUUCCCAAACACAGACCCAGCUCAGGCCUAUGCGAACCAAGCCUUAAAUCAACGAGGUCAGCAGCCUAUUGACCCCGCGCAUCGAUCUGCUCUUCUACAGAUGUUCAAAAAGCCCGACGUCAGCUCAUCCCAUUCAAAUCAACCUGCCGAGCUGCCGGCAACCACAUCUAGUGCAGCACUCCUUAAGGGGCUCUCCACCGCGAGAGGAAACAGCCACGAUACUUCCAGUCCAGUUGUCCAGAAUCGCAGCACUCAGCCUGUUUCAAGCAGCCCGCUCAGCAGGCCUCCCCAAGGACCUUCAGACCUAUCUGGUCAAAUUCCCAUCCACCACUUAUCGUUACAAUCCCAAAUUGGCAGGACCGAACAACAAACUCAAUAUACAGGAGGCUCCAGCCCGAGAACAGUGGAGAGUCGGGGUGUAUAUCACCAAAACAACAGCAAUCACUCUUCGCAAAUGCAUCCGAGUCACGUAUUGCAACACACAGAAAAUCUGGCCAAGCCAAGGGGGUCUCGGGGAUCCGCCAUGGCCGCAGUCUUUGGCCCAGCCGGUGCAGACAAGCCCGCAAGUUUAGCAAGUCCUCCUGCAGCAUCAGCUCUUCCAGCACCGGGUACUUUGCAGCGCAAACCUGAAAUGUCCACAGAACAGAAACAGAAACUUCUCUCGCUCUUUGGCAAGCCCCAAUCCCCAAGCCCGGGUCCAGGCUACAUGAUUGGUGAUAAGGGCAAGGCCAGAGAAACGUUACCCCCUGAGACAGGAAUGCGGUCGCGAGUGGCGUCUCUUGCUUCUGUGAAUGGACAGGGCCAUCCGGAAAGCCUGCCUGGGUCUCGACGUGGCAGUCAGACGCCGAUUUCACCUGCAGACCGUAGCUUCCUACUUGGCUACCUCGCGUCGGUGGCGAACAAUGCCAAGUAG